GCAAGGCAAUUACAGCGGAAGUCCGUUAACGUGACGGCAAAAUUUGACAUUACAAAUCUACUUUACGUAAACAUUACAAUAACAUUUCACUUGUUUUAAUUAUAUUUAAAAUAAUUAUAUCUACGUAAUCCGGUUCAAAGAUUAUUAAAGAAAAAAAUUUAGAUGAAACUUAAAAAUAAUACACGCAUUGCGUCAUAUUCUAUUGCAGUUUAAGACUGUUUAUCUCUGGCGUCUUUGAAUAUCUCUCGCGUAUUGAUAUCUUUACAUUAAUACAUCAAAAGACUAGUUUGACAAUCGGAAAAAAAGAAAUUUUAGUAAGUAGUGAAUAUAUGUAUACAAAUCAUUAGAGAAUAAAAAAUUGUUGUUUUUAUCUAUUACACAUAACCUUAAAUCGGCAUCCAGAGUAUUAUUCUAUUGUCAAUAAUAUAGUUGCAGUGAAACUGGUAAUAAUGGCUUUUGAAAAAUCGUGGGAUAUUAUUAAACAAACCGCUGAUAAGAAUAAACAUCAAUUAGUUCUAACAGGUCAAUCGAUUUCUCAAUUGAUCGCUGAAAAUGGUCUAGAUAAGACGCUUUUUGAUCUUGAGAACUUAAAUUACUUAAACAUAAACAAUACAUGUCUUCAAGAAAUACCUGAAGAAAUUGAAAAGUUACAAAAUCUUACUGCAUUGGUAUUAUAUUCUAAUAAGAUUGAUAAACUUCCUGCAUCAAUUGAAAAAUUAACCAAAUUGAAAUUUCUUAAUUGUUCGCAAAAUAAACUGACUUCUCUACCAGAUGCGAUUGGAAAUUUUCCUCAAUUGAGCAGCCUUAACUUUGGCACAAAUUUAUUACAAUCUAUACCAUGUCAAAGAAAAAAUCUUAAAUUGACUACCUUAGAUUUGUCUAAUAAUAAUCUACAAGUGUUUCCUGAUGUAUGUUAUACUGAAUUGAUUCAUCUUUGUGAAAUCUAUGUAAAUAUGAAUCAGAUAAAAGAUAUUCCUGAGCAAAUAUCUCGUUUGCAAGUUUUAAGAGUUUUAAACAUAGCUGAUAAUCUGCUUACAGCUGUUCCUGGUGAACUAGCAGAUUGUCAUAAAUUGAAAGAAUUGAAUCUAAAAAACAAUUAUCUGGCAGAUAAAAGAUUAUUAAAAUUAGUUGAUCAGUGUCAUUCAAAGCAAGUACUUGAAUAUAUAAAGCAACAUUGUCCGAAACUAAAUCCUACUGCUGUUGACAUUACAAGUAAAUCAAAAAAAGGGAAAAAAGGACAUAAAUUGUCUGAAAAUGAAAAUAUUACAGCACAGAUAGAUGCUUUGGCGCAUAAAUUAAAAAUAUUGAGAACAUCAGAUAGUACCUUAUCAAUAAAAUUCACAGAACAUGUAAAAAAUGUUAGACCUUACAUAAUAGCAUGUAUUGUAAAAAAUUUAGUGUUCACAGAGGACACAUUUAAAAAAUUUAUACAAUUACAAACAAAAUUACAUGAUGGAAAAUGUGGAAAAAGAAAUAUUGCUACAAUAGCCACUCAUGAUUUAAAUGCAAUUGUACCAGGUGAUUUAACAUAUACAGCAAAGCCACCUUUAGAAUUAGAAAUUAAACCAUUAAUGAGGAAUAAAACUUACACUGGAACAGAAUUAUUUCAGCAAUUACAAAAAGAGGCUGAUAAUUUGCGUAAAGAAAAAAAGAGAAGUGUAUAUUCUAGUAUACAUAAAUAUUUGUAUUUACUUGAAGGUAAAGCACUUUUUCCGUGUCUUGUAGACAAUCAAGAACAAGUUAUAUCUUUUCCACCAAUUACUAAUAGUGAUUUAACAAAGAUGUCACCAACUACAAAAGAUAUGUUAAUAGAAGUAACAAGUGCUAUAUCAUAUCAAGUUUGCAGAAAUGUACUGGAUCAACUUUUAAAAGAAUUAGUUACCACAGGCAUUGGUUGUGCACCUUCAGAUAAUGAAAAUAAUUUAUACUAUAGUUUACAAAUAGAGCAAGUUAAAGUAGUUGACAUAGAAGGUAAUCUAAAAGUUGUAUAUCCCUCAAGAGCAGAUUUAAAUUUUAAAGAAGAUAAUAUUAUUGCUUUACGAGAUUAAUAUAUUACAUUUUAUUAUUAUUAUCUACAUAACAUGACAACUCUCUUUGUUACUGAUCUAAGAUAUAAGAAAUUUGUUAUUUUAAGUUGUAGGUUUUGAAGCACAAAUUCAUUAUUAUUAUUAUUUUUACUAAGCAACCUUCAAUUUAAUAAUAGAAAAGAUUCUUACAUAAAUGAUGUAAAAAGUAGUUUGUUUGAUUAUUUGUGUUUGUGUAUAAGAUGUGUUAAUAAGAUGUGUUCAUAAGAAACUGUCACUUACAAAAUAUAUUCAUUUAACUAAGAAAUUUGUAGUAAGUUUGAGUUAAGAGUAAAUUUUCCUGCGAAAUUUUCAAAAAAUCGCUUUUUUUAACAUAUUUUGAUUGUAUAACAUUGUGAGAGUAUAUUAGAAAAAUUUAAAAAAGAUAUUCGUGAAGAUAAAAAUUCUACAGUCAUAAUAAUUUUAAUUUAAAUGCGUUUUUCUCGAAAUACAGUUUUUCAAACGGCAUACAUGAUUUAUUAUUAGAAAAACUAUUUGAUUGAUUUCAAAAGUUCUUUAUGUAUUCUAUUUGUAAUUACAUUUUCUAUGAUAUGACUUACAAUCAAAAUGUUAAAAUAUAUAUUAAUAAAUACCAAAAUGUUAAGUGCGUAUAAUUGUUCUUUUUUUUGAAAUCCAUAAAAAUAUCAUGUGUCUACAUGAGAAUGUACCCUUAAUUGUAUUUGUAUUAUUUAAAUAUUCAUUGUAUUCAAGUUUAAUAGUUUCUUUAAAUAUGUAUUUUUCUCAAGUAAUUUAAAAAAAUAAAUUCAAAUAAGAAAAAUACCCGCCAUUUUAGAUAGUGACCAACUAGCGACACUGGCGCUACUCUAUAGCAAUUUAUCUUGUCACGGGUACGCAGAAUUUUCACUUGUUUUUAUAAAUAUUGUACAUUACUUCAGAUAUUUCAAUCAUAGUGAAAAAAUAUCAUCCAUGCUAAAGGAUUCCCCAUUUCGUAUGACAUUUAGUGAAUAUAUCUAAAAUUUCAUUGUGUUAAGUAUUAUUCUUACUAAAAAACUUGUGCCAAUUUUGUUAACUUUACUAACAUGCGCGAGUGUUUGAAGUAAAAGAACAUGGCGCCCAAACAUGACUGGUCAUGACGGAGAAUGAAAGCGAGAGUUUUGAGUUUGCUUUAAGAUGUUCCUGACGUUCCUUCUGAUCAAUUAUACUCAUGUUGAUACAAGAUACAUAUCCAUGCAAAAUUGAGAUUGCAGACUUGACUAUUGCAACUGGAGCUGAGAGAUACAUCAGUAUCCUAUACAAUCCUACACCAGCCACUGUAAUAUUUUAUAUAAACAUUUAACUUUACAUUAUAACAUGUGAUUAUAAUUCAAAGUAGUACUCAAUGCUAUUAUAUAUAGUUAUCUGUAUAAAAAUGUUACUUACAAAUGGGUCCUUCGGUGAAGUAAAGAAGAUAUAAGGUA